AUGGCUCAAACAGCCGGUGUAAAGCCCAUGACCAUUGCUGGUCGUGUGGCUUCCGAAAGAGAAAGAUGUAUAGGUAUGACCGAUGCUGAAAGAGAAUGGCGUAAAAAGUGGCUUAAAGAUCAAAUUUUAUCUCCCAAUGAACCGGUUCAUGUAGAGGAAUACUGGAAGGAGCGUACUAAUCCAAUUCGACGUUUUUACCGCAAGCCAUUAGAUGUCUUGUUUGAUAAACUUACUCCUGUUUUGGGAGCUAAUCGAGCUGCAGAUUAUAGAUAUAUUACUGGAAAGUUAGGCCUUAUUGCUGUUGGUGUUUUGGGAAUACACUACUAUUUCAAAUAUGGAGGAAAUGAUUGGACUAAGAAGGGGGGCUGGAGAGUAGUGACAUCUAAACCCAUGGUUCUACCUGGUCAACCUGGAUUUCCCUUUAAGUCUGAACGUACCAGUGACUCUGAUUAUGCAGACAGGGGAUUCAAAAAUUCUGUAUUGGUUAAGUAA